UAAUGUGAUGGGCGAUACGAAUGUGGGUUAUGAUUACUUUUACUACAAGCCUGGCCAAGGUUCAAAGACAACUUUCGUUUGGCGGUAUAAAGCUACCGGAUCGUGCAGCGCUACUUGUGCUGGAGGUCAUCAAGCUCAGAUUGUUACUUGCCACAGAAAUGAUGAUGAGUCACGAGUCAGUAGGAAGUUCUGUGACCUUGGUAACAAACCUAGUGAAUUGGUCCCUUGUAACACCCAAGUUUGCCCUGCGAAAUGGGAGCCCGAGCUUUGGCAACCAUGUUCUCGUAUAUGUGGUGGCGGUAAUCAUUCCCGUCUUGUGCCUUGCGUUCAGCAAGUGACGUCCGAAAUAUAUCGCAACGUCGAGUACCACUACUGCAACAUAAGUGCUCGUCCACCUUUAACGAGUACUUGUAACGAGGUCGAUUGUGGUAUCGCUUGGGUUCCUGGCGAAUGGUCAAAAUGUGUAAUAGGGAAACACGGGGGCACCGCCACACGAGAAAUCAAAUGCCAAAACAUUUUGGCCAACGGUACAGUUUUGACGCUCAACCGGAAUCAUUGCGAAAUCGUUGGCAAUAUGCUUCCUGAAGCGAUCAUGAACUGUACGCUACAUGCCAGUAGUCACUACGUCCGGCCGUCAUCACUUGGUAACCUAAUAGCUGUUAUUCUCACGUGUUUAAUGUUUGGUUUUCUAGGAUAGAAUUCAGGUUAGUGAGUUGUUUGCAAGGUAUAUAGUAGUGAAAUAUUUUAUCACAAUUAGUAAGAUCUAUUGCACUAAUAACAUUGUAUCAAUCCACCGAAUGAAUCUCAUUACGAGCCUUCAGUGAAGGGCAAAGCUGCCCUUCGUGUUCAAUCGUUCAUGCAUGGAAAACAAUUCCAACAAUUCAGCUGGUACAGGAAAUGACGCCUAUUAAUAACACCCUAUAGAUCACAUUAUUUUAUCACAUAAUAUAUAUAGUACAUACCUUGCAAAAAUAAUAAUGAUAAUAUUUUACAACUACCACUCCCCACACGGGGCUCUUCCGUGAGGUUCCCUCCACACGCACUUCCACUACAUU